AUGGCGUCUAUCAACAACACCACUGUCCAGCAUCCCGCCGUGGCAAAGCUUCGCGCUCUCCUGGCAGAUAAGGACAAGAUAAUUGUCUGUCCUGGAGUAUACGAUGGCUUCACAGCCCGAAUCGCCCUGAGGGAGGGGUUCGAUUGUCUGUACAUGACAGGCGCAGGAACCACAAUGUCACGCCUCGGAAUGCCCGAUCUGGGCGUGGCCACGCUGAACGACAUGCGCGACAACGCCGCCAUGAUCGCAGGACUGGAUCCGUCGGUGCCGCUGAUUGCGGAUGCGGACACGGGGUAUGGAGGCCCCCUCAUGGUCGGCCGCACCGUCACGCAAUACAUCCGCGCCGGCGUGGCCGCCCUGCAUCUAGAAGACCAAGUCGUGACCAAACGCUGCGGACACCUACGCAACAAGGAGCUGGUAUCGGAGGAAGAAUUCCUGGCACGAAUCCGGGCGGCCGUCAACGCGCGCGCACAAACAGGGGACAUCGUGCUCAUCGCCCGCACGGACGCGCUGGAAUCGCUGGGCUACGACGUCGCCGUGGGCCGGCUGAAGAAGGCGCUCGCGCUCGGGGCGGACGUCGCGUUCCUCGAAUGCGUGACCUCCAGGGAGCAGGCGAGGCAGGUCUGCGAGGAUCUAGCGCCGUAUCCGGUGCUCUUUAAUGCCGUGCCGGGGGGUGUGUUGCCGGACCUGUCGGUCAGCGAGGCCAAGGAGCUCGGGUUUAGGGUUAUCAUCUUCCCGGGCCUGGCGCUGGGGCCGGUGUAUGAGAGCGUCAGCAGGGCGGUCAGGAUGCUGAAGGAGAGCGGCACCCAGGAGCCUGCGAAAGAGGGCUCUGUGAGGGAGAUCUUCACUGUCUGCGGGUUGAAAGAGGCGGUGGCGUUUGAUCUUGCUGCUGGGGGAGCGCUUUACGCGAGGGGGGUGUAA